CUAGACCGCGACGGCACGCGCACGCGGCAGGGAGGUGGUGGCGAGCAGCAUGGCGCGGCAGGUUGAGGCGCUUGCCCGGCUGGCGACGGCGGGGGCGCGGAAGGACGACGGCCGCGGUGAGGCCCUACUAGCGCCGCCAACCGACCAGGAGGAUACGCCGGCGGCGCGGCGGUGUGCAUCGCCGAGCCCGGCAGAGGAAGAAAUAAGGAAGAUGCCGAUGGCGGAUUUGCAUUCGGAGGGAAAUUCCGAUCAGGUGGUUCAGCGGCGGACUUCGUCGAUCGGCAGGGAUAAGUUGACGGUGGAGGGGAGCUCGCCUCGAUGCCAUUGGGGGAAUAAGCCCUCGUCCGGAAAGGAGAGAAGGAGAUCGACGUCGGGGAGCUUUCUCACUCUUCGUCAGAGUUGAGGUCGGCAACAGAAACCGGCGAGACUAGCCGUCGAGGAAGCUCUUCACCGCCAAAGGGGGUGCUGGAGUCGAAGAGGAAGAAGGAGCUGACGGCGGGUUCGAUGGUCGCUUAUGUCGUGCGAGCCGCAAAAGCCCCGGUCGAUAUUGGUGUCGGCUUUCUUCCUUGCCGUCGGGAGCCUUGGUUGUCGCCGGCGAAUGCGAAAGAGAGGGAGUUUCCGCCCCAGGAAUCGGCGAACAUGGAGAAGAAGGAGAAGGGCUGCAGCAGGGGUUUUUUCUCAUGCGGCCAACCAGCCCUCUUUCCCCUACCAAAAGUGAAACCCUACAAUUCUUAUGGGCCAAAGCUCGUUCAUAAUUGGGUUUCACAUGGGUCGGGUUGUGUUUUGAGUGGGCCAAGUCGAGUGGGGCCUCUGAUGACAAAAUACAAUCUCUGCCAUGGG